CUUGGGGUCGUUGCAGGUAACGGCGCGCGCAAGCUUAGGGCAGCUCGCUUUGUCGCUUUGCGCCAUGUGGGGGCAGCUGCUGGUCGUGUUGCUCUGCCAACAGACCCGGGCCCAGGAUGCCGUGGGCUGGUCGCCGGUGAAGAACAUGCCACAGCGGGAUACAGAUCCCUACUUUGCGCUGAUCCGGACCGACUACAAGUUUCGAUUGCAGCAGGACUAUGUUGCUUACAGCAUCGACAUCCUGAUUGACCCCUGCCGCGACCUCAUCCGCUCGGGGGGCAAGGGCUCCGCCUGCUGCGGGGGCUCCAACCUGGCGGGGUGUCAGCACCACCCGGAGAUCGAGGCAGGCCAGGACCUGCAGGUGGCGUACAUGCAAAACGCACACAUCGCCAGCUGCCGUGGCACGGCCUUUGAGUAUGAUCCCAACUGCGGGACCUACCUGGAGGUGCACCGGCCCGGCCAGAAGGAGGUCCUGGCAGACGUGCGCAUCGACGCGGCGUCCUUCCCGAGCGGCUACCAGACCGUUUUCCUGGCGACGCACCGGCUAUGCCGAGGGCAGUACGAGGUGUGGUGGGUUGUGCGGACGCGCUCCGGUCCCUACGUGCAGCGCACGCGCGGCUUCUACGUCUCGGCUCCCACGUGCGACACGCCUCCUGGGGGCGUCGACCCGCCACAGCCGCUCCUGUCGCUGUCCGACAUGCCGUGAGAGCGAGCGAGCGGGCGG